UGUACUCCUUCGCGCUUCGGUGCUUGUGGAGCAGGAUGCACGUUGCGUGGCAUUUGUGGUUCGUUUCUUAGCUUGUUUUGAAAUCGAAGAUAUAGGAUAUGUGUAGUUCGGAAAAGGAUUUCCAUCAUUAGACACGGAUUCUCAGUGAAACUAUGAAGCGAUCUGAAAUCAGUUUGGGAAUGAACAUUUGAGUGCGGGAUAUUUGGCAACUCGCAUUCGCACCGGAAUUUUUCCUGCCUAACCUCGCAGUGAGGUCGCUUUCAAUUCAACUUAGUGAGGAAACUAAGCAUCGUGUGGUGAGGCUACCGCUCCGUUCUCGGUGCAGGUUGCUCUAUCUCGUCUGCGGUAAAGAAGAGGGCAACGAUGCAGUUUUGAUCCAUCUGGAAGUUGUCAAUUUGAAUGAAUGAAAUGGAUCGUUUUCCAUAACGACAGUUAUAAAGGGCAUUUAUGAGCGUGAAGCUGAAUGAAACAGAAUGGAUAUGUUUCUAGUUUUCAAGAUGGACACCUUUGUUGAGUAACAUUGCAAUUAAGAGUCUUUGCCAUUGAAAGGGGGAGAGGGGCCUUAUGGCAGAAAACUACACUAUUUAGGUCCAUGUACAUAAUCUACCAUGGCCAAAGUGCUCUGUGGCCUCCUGCUUCUGGGAAGUGCAGUAAUGUCAGCCAUUGCCUGCCCCAAGUACUGCGUGUGUCAGAACCUGUCCGAGUCUCUGGGCACCCUGUGUCCGUCUAAAGGGCUGCUCUUCGUCCCGCCAGACAUCGACCGCAGGACUGUAGAGCUGCGCCUGGGUGGGAAUUACAUCAUCCGGAUCACACAGCAAGACUUCGUCAACAUGACGAGCCUAGUGGACCUGACACUGUCGCGGAACACCAUCAGCUCUAUCCAGCCCUUUUCCUUUGUGGAUCUGGAGACACUGCGCUCACUGCACCUGGACAGCAACCGACUGACGGAGCUCGGGCCAGAUGCACUGCGCGGCCUGGUCAGCCUGCAGCACCUCAUCCUCAACAACAACCAGCUGAGCCGCAUCUCCAGCGAGACCUUCAAUGACCUGCUACUCACGCUCGAGGACCUGGACCUGUCUUACAACAACCUGCGUAGCAUGCCAUGGGAGGCUGUGCGCAAGAUGCUCAGCCUGCAUCAACUCAGCUUGGACCACAACCUCAUCAGCCAUAUCACCGAGGGCACCUUCACUGACUUGGACAAGCUGGCCCGUCUUGACCUGACAUCCAACCGGCUCCAGAAGCUGCCGCCUGACCCGAUCUUCGCAAGGUCACAGAGUGGCCUGGUGCCAAGCACUCCGUAUGCUCCUGCCCUCUCGCUCAGCUUUGGUGGCAACCCACUGCACUGCAACUGUGAGGUGCUGUGGCUGCGGCGACUGGAGCGCGAGGAUGACCAGGAGACUUGCGCAUCGCCAUCCAGCCUGAAGGGCCGCUACUUCUGGUACGUGCGCGAGGAGGAAUUUGUCUGUGAGCCGCCCCUCAUCACCCAGCACACGCACAAGCUCCUGGUGCUGGAGGGCCAGACGGCCAGCCUGCGCUGCAAGGCCGUGGGUGACCCCACGCCCUACAUCCACUGGGUUGCCCCCGAUGACCGCCUGAUCAGCAACUCUUCGCGAGCCACCAUCUAUGAGAAUGGCACCCUGGACAUUGUGGUGACCACGUCCAAGGACUACGGCACGUUCACAUGCAUUGCUGCCAAUGCUGCGGGGGAGUCCACAGCCUCAGUGGAGCUCUCCAUCAUUCAGCUGCCACACCUGAGCAACGGCACCAAUCGCACAGCCCAGCCCAAGUCCAGGCUGUCUGACAUUACCAGCUCGGCCAAGACCAGCAAAGGGGAGGCAAAAAUACAGCCGGAGCAGGUGGUGACCGUGUCAGAGGUCACCUCGGUCUCUGCCCUGAUCAAGUGGACUGUGAACAAAGUGACUCCCAAGGUGAAAAUGUACCAGCUCCAGUACAACUGCUCAGAUGAUGAGGUCCUCAUUUACCGGAUGAUCCCAGUGGCCAGCAGAGCUUUUGUGGUCAAUAACCUGAUGCCGGGGAUGCAGUAUGACCUGUGCGUGCUUGCCAUCUGGGACGACACUGCCACCACCCUCACUGCCACCAACAUAGUGGGCUGCGUACAGUUCGUGACCCGCGAUGACUACCCCCGCUGCCAGUCCCUACACACCCAGUUCCUUGGGGGGACCAUGAUUCUGGUGAUAGGUGGCGUGAUCGUGGCCACUCUCCUGGUAUUCAUUGUCAUCCUCAUGGUGCGGUACAAGGUGAGCAGCGGUUUGCAGGUAUCUAAGCUGGUGACUGUCAGCAACACUUACUCGCAGACCAACGGCGGGUUGCAGGCGGCACAGUGGUUGAAUGCGGGCCCCCCACCCCUGGCCCCCAAGGCUGUGGUUGUGAUGCAGGACGAGGUGGUGGAGUUCAAGUGCGGCUCCCUAAGGAGCAGCCUCUCCUCUUCCUCCUCGGCAGACUCGAUCGGAUGCGAGAAGGUGGCACGCUACCACCUCCGCCAUGACUCAAGAACCCUGCCCAGCAGGUGGAGGCAGGCUCCGGCCAAGACACGGCCGAACCUGGACCACCUGCUGGGUGCCUUCGCUUCCCUAGACCUGAAGGCCCCAGCCGGGGAUCUGGGUGGCCCCUCGUCGGCGAGAGCCGUGUCUGUAGUCGUGGACCCCAUUUCUGACAAAGAGCCUCUGCUGGGCCGCGGGGAGUCCAGACUGGGGCGGCUGUGGGCAUUGCCGUUGGAGAGCAAGCCUAAGCGCAGUCACUCUUUCGACAUGGGUGAGUUUGGGGCAUCAGCGUCAGGAUACAUAACCUACCCACGGCGCAUCAGCAACAUCUGGACUAAGAGGAGCCUCUCGGUGAACGGCAUGCUGCAGCAGUGUGAGGAGAGUGAGGGUGAGGCAGACAAAGGGAUGUUUGGCAGCUCUGAGUGGGUCAUGGAGAGUACAGUCUGAUAACGGACCAACCACAGUGCUUUCCAGGAAAUGGAGCAAAUGGACUGAUGACUUUUCCAGAAGGAUUCUUGGGACCACAUUGAUUGGAUAUCCCAGAAGUGUGGAUGACUGUAGUGCAUGAAUCCCCACAUUAAUGAUAUUGUCUUUCUGUCCAUUUGAUCGAUUUACAGACUCCAGGUUGACAUUCUACGAGUAAGCCUAGGCACAGGUUGGCCCUUAUCACUAAAGCCUGAAUGGGAAAACCUUCACACACUGCCUUCCCAGUAUGAGGGCAGUUGUUGACUGAUGCCCAAUCAUGAACGAUGAGGGAGUAUCGCUGUAAAUGGACAGACAAUAAAAGAGAGGCUCUUUCAGGCUGUGCACUUUACCUUGCCAAGAGGAUUUACCCCAGUUAAGUGCAUGUGCAUCUUAAUAGACUGAAUGUACUCAGCAGAUGGGAACACAUUUUUACCAAGAGGAGAAAUCAAAAAAUAAAAUGCAAAUGUAAUAAGGUAUUUUUAAUUUCUUUUUAUAUAAUUUCUACCUUAAGUUAUCUGAUGUUUUAAAUCAACAUUUUCUUUUUCUUUUAUUGGAAACAAUUGAAUGGAUUGAAAAAUUCCAGUCUGUCCAGUCCAACAAAGAAACUUUUCACCCAUAGCAUUAUGUAGAGAAAACAUCUAUACAAUUGUCUGUUUUAUUUGUUAUUAAAUAAUAGGAAAGGGGGACAGGGGUUUGAAUGUACAUUUUUAUAUGACAAUUGUCCAUUACAUGUUAUUAGAAAAUGUGUGCCUCUCUGUUUAGUAAUAUUAAUAUAUUUAAGUAUUUAUUAGUAAUCUUUAUAUUGGCUAUCCAUGUAAACAUUUGAAAACUAAAUUACAUAUUAAUGUAAUGGUUCGUCGAUGAUAUGUGAUGAAAGAAAAAUGUCCUCUCCUUAGGAGGAAUAUUAAGUCAGUUGUCAGCUAUAAGAUAGUACUGUACAGGGUUAUUCAAUCAUAAAAACUAAAACUCCAAACAUUGAUCAUUUCUAACACUGAUCAUUUGUCUUUUAUUUAUCUUUUGAAUCAUUUGUUGGAUAAGUUGUGGGUAAAGUCCUUAAAGUUUUAGCUUGACCUAUAUAGAUAUAAUUGGCAGGAACUGUGUGAGAGUGGCUAUACCUGGUUCACUGCCCCCCAUUUAUCAGUGUAUCAAGUUCAGGCAAAUAACUGAAGCUCAUGAGAAAGUUACCCAUAGAUUGUGGCAGAAGUCUUGACAGGGCCAAUAAAUAAAACUAAAAUGUUUCUGCCCCCUUUUCAAUUUGAAGUUUCAGGCCACCCUUCAAAACAUAUAACCAAUGUCUAUUUUUCUUAUUUGGAAAAUGUUUAUUUUUAUAUUUUGUGCACAGGUAAGAGUUUUAUUGCCUUUGUUACAUAUAAUUAUUCCAUAAUUGUGAAAGAAUGAAGUAAAUGUAAUUAUCACACUAUAUGUUUUUGUGUUUCUUUGUUUUUUUGUUUUAACAUUUCAAGUAACAUUAAAGAUUUGGGGAUUCAUUGUUUUUAGUUUGUUAUUACUCUCGGUGUAUGAAGCUUUCUAUUGAAUUUUUGUACAAUAGCUAUGUGAGAAUGUAUGAAAGCAAACUGUACAGUAAUCUUUUUAUUUUACCAAUCAGCAACAGUGAGAAGGUGCUUUACUGUGUUGUCACAACAUAAGUGUGUAUGUGAAGUUACAUAGACACAAUUUUCCUUGAGUUGUGAAAAAAGGAAGAAAAGGAAGUCUUCUGUAAAACUUUUCUGUGUUCAAAAUGUUUUUGUUAUAAACAAAAGAUAAACACGAGUCCAUAAAAUACACCUUG